CGGAGGGAGCGCAGCCAAGCGAGCCUCCUUGCUCCUUCCUCCUCCUCGCCGUCGUCCCCGCUCAGGCCUUCCGCAGCGCUGCCGGUUGGGCCGAGCCGCCGCGCUCCGCGUCGCGUCGGGCCGUGCGGCGGCGCUUGCCCCCGCCCCUUAGCGCCGGCUGCGGGGCCGAGCGGCGGCGGGGUCACGGCGGCGGCAGCGGCGGCCGGGUCAGAGGGUAAAGGUUGCUCCCCCAGCAUCCUCCGUGCUGGAUACUCAGCCAUCUUGGAUCCGCGGGACAAGAAAAUUCAUGCGGUGACAAACAGCAUGUUUGGUGCUUCAAGGAAGAAGUUUGUAGAGGGGGUUGAUGGUGACUACCAUGAUGAGAACAUGUACUACAGCCAAUCAUCGAUGUUCCCACAUCGGUCAGAAAAAGAUAUGCUGGCAUCACCAUCAACAUCAGGUCAGCUGUCUCAGUUUGGGGCAAGUUUAUACGGGCAACAAAGUGCACUAGGCCUUCCAAUGAGGGGGAUGAGCAACAAUACCCCUCAGUUAAAUCGCAGCUUAUCACAAGGCACUCAGUUACCGAGCCACGUAACGCCAACAACAGGGGUACCAACAAUGUCACUUCACACGCCUCCAUCUCCGAGCAGGGGGAUAUUGCCUAUGAAUCCUAGGAAUAUGAUGAACCACUCCCAGGUUGGUCAGGGCAUUGGAAUUCCCAGCAGGACAAACAGCAUGAGCAGUUCAGGGUUAGGCAGCCCCAACAGAAGCUCUCCAAGCAUAAUAUGUAUGCCAAAGCAGCAACCCUCUCGACAACCUUUUACUGUGAACAGUAUGUCUGGAUUUGGGAUGAACAGAAAUCAGGCAUUUGGAAUGAAUAACUCCUUAUCGAGUAAUAUUUUUAAUGGAACAGAUGGAAGUGAAAAUGUGACAGGACUGGACCUCUCAGAUUUUCCAGCACUAGCAGACAGAAACAGAAGGGAAGGAAGUGGCAAUCCAACUCCAUUAAUAAACCCUUUAGCUGGAAGGGCACCCUAUGUUGGGAUGGUAACAAAACCAGCAAGUGAGCAGUCCCAGGACUUUUCAAUACACAAUGAAGACUUCCCAGCAUUACCAGGCUCCAGCUACAAAGACCCAACAUCGAGUAAUGAUGACAAUAAAUCCAAUUUGAGUACAUCAGGCAAAACAUCAUCCAGCACAGAUGGGCCCAAGUUUCCUGGAGAUAAAAGUUCAACUACGCAAAACAACAACCAGCAGAAAAAAGGGAUCCAGGUGUUACCUGAUGGUCGGGUUACCAACAUUCCUCAAGGGAUGGUGACGGACCAGUUUGGAAUGAUUGGCUUGUUAACAUUCAUCAGGGCAGCAGAGACAGAUCCAGGAAUGGUACAUCUCGCAUUAGGAAGUGAUUUAACAACACUAGGUCUCAAUCUCAACUCUCCUGAAAAUCUCUAUCCCAAAUUUGCAUCACCCUGGGCAUCAUCACCUUGUCGACCUCAAGACAUAGACUUCCAUGUUCCAUCUGAAUACUUAACUAACAUUCACAUUAGGGAUAAGCUGGCUGCAAUAAAACUUGGCCGAUAUGGAGAAGAUCUCCUGUUUUAUCUCUAUUACAUGAAUGGAGGAGAUGUAUUACAGCUAUUAGCAGCAGUAGAGCUAUUUAACCGGGAUUGGAGAUACCACAAAGAGGAACGAGUAUGGAUCACCAGGGCACCCGGCAUGGAGCCGACGAUGAAAACCAACACCUACGAGAGGGGAACAUAUUACUUCUUUGACUGUCUUAACUGGAGGAAAGUAGCUAAGGAGUUCCAUCUGGAAUAUGACAAACUAGAAGAAAGGCCUCAUCUGCCAUCAACCUUCAACUACAACCCUGCUCAGCAAGCCUUCUAAAGACUUCCCUUUUCUUGGGGUAUGGCUGUCUCAGCACAAUACUCAACAUAACUGCAGAACUGAUGUGGCUCAGGCAUCCUGGUUUUAAUUCCUUGAGGAUCUGGCAAUUGGCUCAUGCGAAGGGGUCACCAUUUGAGGUCCUGCCUUACUAAUUAUGUGCUGCCCAACAACUAAAUUUGUAAUUGGGUUUUGGUUUUUUCCCUUUAGUUUGAGCAGGGUCUGAAUUUUGCUUUUCUGUUUCUUUUCUAUU